UGCGUACAAUAUCAACUCUUGUGUUGUGUAUUGACUGUAUUCUACAACUUGAAUAUCAUAUUAUAGAUUCACAGUGACAAAAAUAUUCUGUAUCCUCUAUUGAUGGAAGGGCAUUUAAACGUAACAUCUCCAAAUCAUUGCACAUAUUUGGUAUUGAAUGCUCCAUGUUAAUGCUGCCAACAAGGACUUAACUCAUUGUUAUCUCAAAGUGAUGUAUAUAACGAGAUGUUCUAUCUGUUUUUCUCAUCACCACCAUGACUAGAAAGAAGGUCAAACUCGCAUUCAUAACCAAUGACUCAGCGAGGAAGGCAACAUUCAAGAAAAGGAAGAAGGGUCUAAUGAAGAAGGUUGCUGAACUGAGCACACUUUGCGGGAUUGAUGCAUGUGCUAUAGUUUAUAGUCCCUAUGAUCCUCAACCCGAGGUUUGGCCAUCGCCAUUAGGGGUCCAACGUGUGCUCGCCAAAUUCAGGCGAAUGCCUGAAUUGGAGCAGAGCAAGAAGAUGGUGAACCAAGAGAGUUUUCUGAGGCAGAGGAUCCAAAAGGCCAAAGAGCAAUUGAAGAAACAGAGGAAGGAUAACAGAGAAAAGGAGAUAACUCAGCUCAUGUUUCAGUGCCUCAGUGCAGGUAAAAUCUUGCACAACAUAAACAUGGUUGAUUUGAAUGAUCUUGCUUGGUUGAUUGACCAGAACUUGAAGGACAUCAAUAGAAGGAUUGAAGUGUUGACCAAGAAUGCUCAAAGCCAAGCCCAAGCCCAAAUGGUAGCAGCUGCAGCACCACCAGUGGUGACUGAUAUUGUAGCCAAGAUUGAAGAGAGGUCUCCUGAAGGAAAUCAUGGCCAGGGACUUGAUAUGAACAUUGAUGUGAUGCAGAAGCAGCAUUGGUUUAUGAAUUUGAUGAAUAGUGGUGGUGGUGAUGAGGCACUUCCUUUGGGAGAUGUUAAUCACCAAAAUGGGUUUUGGCCAAACCCAUUUUUCCACUGAAAAAAUGUCAAGUGCUUGGUAUCAUUGUCAUUCUCUCUUAACAUGCGUCCAUUAAGGCACAAAAAUAAGUGAUCAUGGAUUUUUCAUGGUCUAGGAUUUGCAUGUUAAUUUUCUUUGUUUCAUUCCACUUUGUAUUCAAUCUUGUUUACAAGAGUAUUUACUUUCAGAAAGUGAUGUUAAGUUGAAUAAAUACCUUUUGGUGUGGCUUGCAAUAUAUAUCAAUUUUCCAUAGAA